UAGGCCAGGCUAGCUGCGGGUGACAGUGAGUGGCAGACGCCGGGCCUAGCGCUCGGGAUCUGGCGGAGCCGAGCUGAAGAGACCGGGAGUGUGGAAUCACCAGGGUCGCGGUUCCUAAGGUGACACGCGAGACUGGGUAUUGAAAUCUCGGGCCCAGGCCGGACCUAGCCAGGGUGCUCACGGAGACCAAGAGUGGAGCAAUGGAGACAGUCCAGAGGGGCCACCCAUUCUCUAGCCUGCACUGACUCAGUCUCCACAGGCAGCUGUCAAGCCAGGUCGUGGAGGGCUGGAGUGGAGCAGACACUGUCCAUGGAGCUGGUGGACAAGGUGGACAGGGGGAGGCGGUGAUGGCUCAGUUUGACACUGAAUACCAGCGACUAGAGGCCUCCUAUAGUGAUUCACCCCCUGGGGAGGAGGACUUAUUGGUGCACGUGGCAGAGGGAAGCAAGUCACCUUGGCACCACAUUGAAAACCUUGACCUCUUCUUCUCCCGAGUUUAUAACCUACACCAGAAGAAUGGCUUCACAUGUAUGCUCAUUGGGGAGAUCUUUGAGCUUAUGCAGUUCCUCUUUGUGGUUGCCUUCACCACCUUCCUGGUUAGCUGUGUGGACUACGACAUCCUAUUUGCCAACAAGAUGGUGAACCACAGUCUGCAUCCUACUGAACCUGUCAAGGUCACUCUGCCAGAUGCCUUUUUGCCUGCCCAAGUCUGUACUGCCAGGAUUCAGGAAAAUGGCUCCCUUAUCACCAUCCUGGUCAUCGCUGGUGUCUUCUGGAUCCACCGGCUUAUCAAGUUCAUCUAUAACAUUUGCUGCUAUUGGGAGAUCCACUCCUUCUACCUGCAUGCUCUGCGCAUCCCCAUGUCUGCCCUUCCAUAUUGCACAUGGCAGGAAGUGCAGGCCCGGAUUGUGCAGACCCAGAAAGAGCACCAGAUCUGCAUCCACAAGCGUGAGCUGACGGAGCUAGACAUUUAUCAUCGAAUCCUCCGCUUCCAGAACUACAUGGUGGCACUGGUAAACAAGUCUCUCCUGCCUCUGCGCUUCCGUCUGCCUGGCCUUGGGGAGGUCGUCUUCUUCACCCGUGGCCUCAAGUACAACUUUGAGCUGAUCCUCUUCUGGGGACCUGGCUCUCUGUUUCUCAAUGAAUGGAGUCUCAAAGCUGAGUAUAAACGUGGUGGGCAACGACUAGAGCUGGCCCAGCGCCUCAGCAACCGUAUCUUAUGGAUUGGCAUUGCCAACUUCCUGCUGUGCCCCCUCAUCCUCAUCUGGCAGAUCCUCUACGCCUUCUUCAGCUAUGCUGAGGUGCUCAAGCGGGAGCCAGGGGCCCUGGGAGCACGUUGCUGGUCACUUUAUGGCCGCUGCUACCUCCGCCACUUCAACGAGCUGGAGCACGAGCUCCAGUCCCGUCUCAACCGUGGCUAUAAGCCUGCCUCCAAGUACAUGAAUUGCUUCUUGUCCCCUCUGCUGACGCUGCUGGCCAAGAAUGGGGCCUUCUUUGCUGGCUCCAUCUUGGCCGUGCUUAUUGCCCUCACCAUCUACGAUGAAGAUGUGUUGGCUGUGGAGCACGUCCUCACCACCGUCACACUUCUGGGGGUGACCGUGACUGUGUGCAGGUCCUUCAUCCCGGACCAGCACAUGGUGUUCUGCCCUGAGCAGCUGCUCCGUGUGAUCCUCGCUCACAUCCACUACAUGCCUGACCACUGGCAGGGUAAUGCCCACCGCUCGCAGACCCGGGACGAGUUUGCCCAGCUCUUCCAGUACAAGGCAGUAUUUAUCUUAGAAGAGUUGCUGAGCCCCAUUGUCACACCCCUUAUCCUCAUCUUCUGCCUUCGUCCACGAGCCCUGGAGAUCAUAGACUUCUUCCGCAACUUUACUGUGGAGGUCGUUGGUGUUGGGGAUACCUGCUCCUUUGCUCAGAUGGAUGUUCGCCAGCAUGGUCAUCCCCAGUGGCUGUCUGGUGGGCAGACAGAGGCCUCAGUGUACCAGCAAGCUGAGGAUGGGAAGACAGAAUUAUCACUCAUGCACUUUGCCAUCACCAACCCUGGAUGGCAGCCACCACGUGAGAGCACAGCCUUCCUAGGCUUCCUGAAGGAGCAGGUUCAGAGGGAUGGAGCAGCUGCUGGCCUUGCCCAAGGGGGUCUACUCCCUGAAAACGCACUCUUCACAUCCAUCCAGUCCUUACAAUCUGAGACUGAGCCCCUGAGCCUUAUUGCAAAUGUGGUAGCUGGCUCAUCCUGCCGGGGCCCCCCACUGCCCAGAGACCUGCAGAGCUCCAGGCACAGGGCUGAAGUUGCCUCUGCCCUGCGCUCCUUCUCCCCUCUGCAUCCUGGGCAGGCCCCCACGGGCCGGGCGCCCAGCACCAUGACAGGCUCUGGAGUGGAUGCCAGGACAGCCAGCUCCGGGAGCAGUGUGUGGGAAGGACAGCUGCAGAGCCUGGUGCUAUCGGAAUAUGCAUCCACUGAGAUGAGCCUGCAUGCCCUCUAUAUGCACCAGCUCCACAAGCAGCACACCCAGGCUGAACCUGAGCGGCAUGUGUGGCACCGCCGGGAGAGUGACGAGAGUGGGGAGAGUGCCCCUGAAGAGGGGGGAGAGAGCAACCGGGUCCCCCAACCUAUCCCCCGCUCUGCCAGCUAUCCGUGUGCUGUACCCCGGCCUGGGGCACCCGAGACCACCGCCCUGCACGGAGGUUUCCAGAGGCGCUAUGGAGGCAUCACAGAUCCUGGCACAGUGCCCCGGGCGCCCUCUCACUUCUCCCGGCUGCCUCUUGGAGGGUGGGCUGAAGAUGGGCAGCCAGCAUCAAGGCAUCCUGAGCCUGUGCCUGAGGAGGGCUCAGAGGAUGAGCUUCCCCCUCAGGUGCACAAGGUAUAGAUAAGACUGAGGAGUGUCCUCAUGCCCCAGGAUGGAGGCUACUGCUGCCCUGCCAUCCCAUCUGCCCGCCAUGGAAGGCUCCUUGGAGUGCUGCCUGGCUCCACGUGUGUGGUGUUUUUGUGUCUGUGCCUGGCCUAGGGAGGUGCCAACAGUGGGCUUGAGGCAGCCCCAGGAGAAGAAUUUGGGGCCUGGGAACCUGGGUUGCACAAGACUCCAGCCUUAUCCCCAAGACUCCCUUGGCUCAGAGUGUGGUGCUAGAAACUGGUCCCCAGCCCAGCCCCAGUACUGCCACCUUCGCACCCACCCCUGCAAGUCUCCAGAGAGGGCUGCUCAUGACAGAAGCUGCCAAGCAGGGAGAACCUUUGCCAACUGUGGAGUGGGGAGGUCAGGCCUAGGCCCUUGACCCCUGCAGCCUACCCCCUGCCCCACCUGGGACAGAUGAGCGGCUCAGGCUGUAGCCCUUACCUCACCCCCAGUUCUCAUCCAGCGCUGCAGCCAGCUCACCUCUUUUCUGCAUCUACACAUCACUGGCAUGUGUGUGCCACUUGCCCCUCUUCUGUUCUCUUGUUCCCCUUCUGUUUGGCUUUUGCUUUGUGUUCUGGUGGAGGCCCUACUUCCCAGCUCCCCUCAUACCAUCUUUUGACACUAAGGAGGAAAGUUUCUAAGUUGCAGGUUCAGGAUGGAAAUCUUUCUGCCCUCUCCAACUUUUAGGAUGGGUCCCUGGGAGACACCUUCCUGGGCCCCCAUUGCUUCUUAUAUCCUCAUCACCUACAUAUGGGACAGACAGGGUUACAGUGUGACCUCGACUGUCUGCAUCCCACCGAGAGAGCUCUGGGCCGCAUCCUGCUGUCCCGUAGGAAGACAGAGGAGUCAUGGCUUCGACCUGGGCUUUGAGCUGCCGCGUUGCAUGCCGGGUCUCAGCUUCUACCCUCUGCCCCACCCCUCGCCCAGCUCUGGUCUACUGCGGAAGAGUGUGCUACCCAAGUUCACAGCAGACCGGGGUGGGGCCCAUGUACAGCUUGAUAACCCUUAAUAAAAAAGGGACUUUGACCAGAUCCUGAUUCUUGGGAACAGUAGGAGUGGUUGCGUGUGAUUUCCCCUUCCCCUGAAGUUUCUGGAGAUGAGCUGGGAUCCGGACGUAAGUGGUUUUAUGCCGGCACUCAGAUGUUAAGCUAGCGGGCUAGAAGGACUGUUCCUGGCCCACAAUUCCGUAGAAGUUAAGGUCUCCAGUCGGACGGCCAGAUUUCCCGCCCUAAGCACGUGAUCAAAUGGGCUC